AUGCAGCAAAAUGUAAGAGAUGGCCAAAGAAAAAUAGGUGCAGCUUUUCUCUCGACUCGUGAAGUCAGUGCUCAAGAAUGCGUUUACAGAUGUAUGCCUGAACUCUGGUUAAGAAAAACAUUCCUGAAAACCCUCUUUGUUAGCACGGAUUUUGCUGAAAAUCGUGUUAGAUUUGCGAAGAAACAACAAGAAUUUGAUGAGUUAGAUGAUGAUAGUACUGACAUUUUUAAGUCUAACAUUAUUAUCCGUUACAGUGACAGACCGAAAAAAAUUCCUGUCGUUAAUGAUAUGUAUUUAGCUUUAUUUCCGAUUCUCAACCUGAAGUUUUAAGAGAUGACCUCAUUGAAUCUCAAAAUAUCGAAAAUCAUAACACUGGACUUCCCAAUCGAAUAAAACUUGUAAACAGCAAAGAAAUUAUGAAGUGCAGAAAAAUUAAAGCUGUCAUUCGAUAUCACACUCCAAACAAAAGAAAAGAACCUGAAAAAUUUUUUCACCACCUUCUCAUAUUGUAUUUUCCGUGGCGUAACGAGCAGGAACUCGUUGGCGAAGACCAGACAUACAUAUCUAAGUUUUAUGAGCCAGAUGUGCAAGAGGUAGUACAAUGCAACAAAGAAAUAUUUGAGCCAGAUGGUGCUGCUAUUAAUGAAGCACUAGAAAGUUUACGAAACUUUGAUGGCAUACCAACUCACUCCUAUGAUCCAAUAAAUGACCAGGAAAAUGAAGAUUUGCAACAAAGUUUACCUGACGAUUCUGAUGAAACUGAGUCUUUUAACGAAUCGUUGCCACAACAUCUUGCAUCAAAUCCCGAAUCAGUUCAACCAUCUUCUGGAAUAAGUUCUUAUAAUCAACCCUUAGAAAUCAGUGAUGACGAUCUACGAAAAACU